CUGGUUUACCGCAUAGGUGUUGCGAAACACCCGCACGCCCUGUCUUCUGCCUGUCACGGCGGCCUGGACAAACUGCUGCGGAAGCCAGGAGCUCCCAAAGGGUAGGCCCACUUCAUAAAUGGACAUUUCAGAUCUAAAAAGUAAAAAUCCAGACCAAGAUUUUGUGUCAAGUAACCAGCUAAGUACUUGUGAUUGUGACAUUUUAUACUCAACUAGUCGGUUGAAACGAAAUCUUGGUCUGGAUUCUUGCUUUCUGGAUCUCAGAUAUCCAACUCUGACCAGCUUAUUGGAUACUACAGUGAGCAGGUCUGAUGAGGACGCAGCUGUCUGAGGGUGGGGGAGUGCAAAGUUUAAGCUUUGAGCUCCAUGUAAAAGUUCUCUGCUUGCAGUUCAGUGUUACUUGGUAGGUAUAAGCCCAGGGCCCGGCUGUCAAUCUCUGUGGGUUUAGCUUGAUAUCCACUCAGGCCUUUUCUCAUUUUUACUCUGUCUCAUUUGCGUAGAUCAUUAGAGCCUGAAAUGGUUAUUAAUCCGUUCCCCGGGCUCUAAAAGGUUAGAUUUUUGCUUCUGGACAAAGGCUGUGAUCUCGGCAGCUCGUUAUCGGUCGUAGUUUUGAACAUGUUUAGUGUCCUGCGCCCCUGCACCUUUGCCUUUUGUUCCAGAGUCGCGUCUUGCUGCAGAGAUGGGCGAUGCCUUGCUGCACACUUCCUCCGUGUGAUGAGGAACUCGGCCAGAGUGCAGGGGAAGCUCGCCGUCGUUGUCAUUUCCUCCCUCACCUCUCUGCCUUGUCUCUCAGCUUCUCUCUCCUCUCUCUUGGCUAUUCGGGUUCGGGGUGCAUGGUAACUGCGGUGCCGGUUGUACCAUCAGACUCUCGCACACACGCACGCGUGCACGUGCGGGCAGGAAUGCCGGCCAGCGUACGUCUACUGUCGCAUCGGCAUGCCGGCUGAAGGAAGGGGGCAACUGCAGACACGGAGCUCCGAAUUCCCGGAGGUGGCAGCGGUGCCUGCGCUGGUGUAUAAGACCUAUUUAUAACCCCCCAUCCCCCUGCAGCUGCCCUCAACCCCCUCGGUGCAGCGUCAGGAAUAACAACAGCCCGACUGCCUAUCACCUUCCCUGACCCUCUUCAGACCGGACCCCGUAUUGGUGUGUGUGAUACUUGUCCAUUUCACCCCUCCUGUGGCGUUGUGUGGUCCUACUGCCCUGCCCAUUUAGGCCCUCGAGCCAGAAGCUCCCCGCCACCUCAUCCGUCCAUCGGUUCGUGAUCAGCUGUGUGUCCUCCUCCCUGCCCCUCCGCCUUCUCUCCCAUCUCCUUCCCAGCCCAUGACAGGAGACCCGGCAUCAUGGCGUUCUCAUCACGCUUCUCCUUCUGGGAGCAAAAGGUCAAAGACGAGACCAAGCCUGGCCUCAAGAAUUCCAAAGAGAAUCAGUCUAACAGCGACAGCAGCAUGAGCAGCCGGUCCCAGUCUGUACCCAGCCUGAAUCCUGCUCGGGCGCUGCUGCGCGCCAAGAGCCCCGAGCCCCAGCAGGAGCAGAGGAAGAGCCCCGAGCUUCCCCGAGGCCGGCCAUCCUUCCGGAGCACCGAGUCACCUGGUGCACCCGGGCGCUUUAAGAGUCCGGAGCCUCCCAUUCUCAAUGGAGACAGUGGGAGCAAAGGCCCUGAGGAGCAGAGUGUGGGUCCCAGGAAGGUGAUCCGGAGGAUGGUACAGAAGGCGCAGCCCAGCGAAGAGGACGAAUCUGCUACCAAGCCUGCUACAGUGACCCCGAAGCCAGGGGCAGUGCCUAAGGUGAUAGCAAAGCCAUUUUUUAACUUCAAGCAUGACACAAUCAAAAAGGAGGAGAAAGAUGACAUCACAGCUGGUCUCACUAAUCUGAUGGGCCGUGGCCGGAGCAGGGACCCCCGGCCACGUUCACGAAUUAUGCAUGUGGAAGAGAAGCUGGACGACCAGAAGCAACCAGAGGGAAAAGUCGAGGAAAGUUCAGCCUCACUUCUUGCUCAGAAGGAUGAAUCGCAGUUAUCCUCCCCCACUGAAGCUUUACCUCCAUCCCAAACCUCUCCCAACACCCCUCCUGUUGGUUUCAUACCUGCUCCAAAAUCCUCACAGGUGCUCUCCUCUCCAGCUGGAUUAAACCCAAAACCGUCGCCUCCCAAUCCACCUGCCAAAGCAAACACAUUUUCUCCUCCUGUCGGAUUCAUUCCUCCACCCAAAACGAACCCCCUCACGCCCCCUGGUGGAUUUGUUCCUCCACCCAAAGUGAACACCCUUCCCUCUCCUGCUGGAUUUGUCCCGGCAGCCAAAGCAAGCCCCCUUUCACCUCCACCUGGAUUCAUACCUGCUCUCAAACCCUCAUCUCUGAGGAAACCUGAGGUGGUGCAGCUGACCCCCACUGAAGAAGCUCAAAGACGACUGGAGAGGAUCUUCAAUGUGCCUGUAAUUCUCUAAUCUUACCUUCUCCCUCCAUUUCGUCUUCCUUCCUCAUCUUUACACCCUUGCUGCCGUGCCCUGCUAACACUUGUCCUGAAGACGUUAGGCACCCACCUGUCACACGAGCCUGUAGACUUCUUAAGGCGACCCUACCGCGAUCACUUGACACCAACAAGGGUCGUUAAAUUUUUGUGUCUGGCAUACUGAGUCAAAUGCUUGAGGUUGAUGUUCAUUUCAGAGCCUUCUGUGACCUAGUUUUAUUUUAAUUCUUUCCAGGGACCUACGCAUAAAUACAUCAUUAGAUACAUUAUAACAAGCAUCUUUCCACUGCUGCCACUGGCAAUGCAUUUGUUGGCAACCAAAAGGUCUCUGCGAAUAACCAUGGGCUUAUUUAUUGGUGCAAAAUUAUUUAACGCACAUUAUUAUUUGGCCAGUAAGCCGUCUUCUCAGUUAGCCGGGCAUGGAUGUAGAGAUUCUUGAGAAUUGGACUUGGCUGUCCUUGUUUGUCCAGCAGUCCUAGGGCCUGUGUGGGUCGCCAUGGGGACUGCAGGCUACUGUGCCGCCUAACAGUGGAUGGAUGUUAAUGCUUGCCUGUUUUUUUUAUAACUCCUGCCUUUUUCUCUCUCAUGGGCUUUUCUUGCAGUGCUUUCUUUGGGGCCUCCUUUAAUGUUUUCAUCAUUGUUUUCUGUCUUUCCUGUUGUUGUUUUUUUUUAAAUAUAACCGCGAGAGAGUUGUGCUUCACGAUUUGCCUGUGGAGCUAAAACGACCUUCAGCAGUCACAAAUGCGGUUUUCCCAUGCCUGUCCGCCUUUCGCAGCAGAGGUCUCAUCGAACAAGUGUUGCAUCUUGUCCCAAUUUGACCUGGCAUUGCUUCCACAAUAGCGACUGGAGCGUAUCUCCCAUUAGGCUUUGCGUGUCCUGACAUUUCGCCAUUCACCCGCCACGUCCCGUUUCUUGACACUUCCGUCACGCUCUCUUUUUCUUUUUCUCUCUCAUCUCUCCCUCUCUUCUCUGCCCAUUGCUUUUCUGCUGCUGCUGUUGCUGUGGCUGCUGUG